CGCCGGGUACGCGCGCCGGCGACCAUGGCGUUCGCCGGGCUGGAGCGAGUACAUUAACCCCUGGAGGCGGCGGCGGCGGCGGCGAGGGAGCGAGCCUCGAGCGGGCGGGCCCCAGCCUGAGGGAAGGGAGGAAGGGGCGGGGAGAGCGCCAGAGGGAGGCCAGUCGGCCGCGGGCGGGCGGGCAGCGCAGCGCCGAGCGGGGCCCGCGGGCCCAUGAGGAGGCCCGGGGACCAUGGGCUCCAGGAUCAAGCAGAAUCCAGAGACCACAUUUGAAGUAUAUGUUGAAGUGGCCUAUCCCAGGACAGGUGGCACUCUUUCAGGAAGUUCUACAGACUUUGACCAAGUUUUGUUUCCCCUUCUAUGUUGACAGCCUCACAGUUAGCCAAGUUGGCCAGAACUUCACGUUCGUGCUCACUGACAUUGACAGCAAACAGAGAUUUGGGUUCUGCCGCUUAUCUUCAGGAGCGAAGAGCUGCUUCUGUAUCUUAAGCUAUCUCCCCUGGUUCGAGGUAUUUUAUAAGCUACUUAACAUCCUGGCAGAUUACACGACAAAAAGACAGGAAAAUCAGUGGAAUGAGCUCCUUGAAACUCUGCACAAACUUCCCAUCCCUGACCCAGGAGUGUCUGUUCAUCUCAGCGUGCAUUCUUAUUUUACUGUGCCUGAUACCAGAGAACUUCCCAGCAUACCUGAGAAUAGUAAACUGACAGAAUAUUUUGUGGCGGUGGAUGUCAACAACAUGUUGCAUCUGUAUGCCAGUAUGCUCUACGAACGCCGGAUACUCAUCAUUUGCAGCAAACUCAGCACUCUGACUGCCUGCAUCCACGGGUCGGCGGCGAUGCUCUACCCCAUGUACUGGCAGCACGUGUACAUCCCUGUGCUGCCACCGCAUCUGCUGGACUACUGCUGUGCUCCCAUGCCCUACCUCAUAGGAAUCCAUUUAAGUUUAAUGGAGAAAGUCAGAAACAUGGCCCUGGAUGAUGUCGUGAUCCUGAAUGUGGACACCAACACCCUGGAAACCCCCUUUGAUGACCUCCAGAGUCUCCCAAAUGACGUGAUCUCUUCACUGAAGAACAGGCUGAAGAAGGUCUCCACAACCACUGGGGAUGGUGUGGCCAGAGCCUUCCUCAAGGCCCAGGCUGCUUUCUUCGGUAGCUACCGAAACGCUCUGAAAAUCGAGCCGGAGGAGCCGAUCACUUUCUGUGAGGAAGCCUUCGUGUCCCACUACCGCUCUGGAGCCAUGAGGCAGUUCCUGCAGAACGCCACGCAGCUGCAGCUCUUCAAGCAGUUUAUUGAUGGUCGAUUAGACCUUCUCAAUUCCGGCGAAGGUUUCAGUGAUGUUUUUGAAGAGGAAAUCAACAUGGGCGAGUACGCUGGCAGUGACAAACUGUACCAUCAGUGGCUCUCCACUGUCCGGAAAGGAAGUGGAGCAAUUCUGAAUACCGUAAAGACAAAAGCAAACCCGGCCAUGAAGACUGUCUACAAGUUUGCAAAAGAUCAUGCAAAAAUGGGAAUAAAAGAGGUGAAAAACCGCUUGAAGCAAAAGGACAUUGCCGAGAAUGGCUGCGCCCCCACCCCCGAGGAGCAGCUGCCGAAGACUGCACCGUCCUCACUGGUGGAGGCCAAGGACCCCAAGCUCCGAGAAGACCGGCGGCCAAUCACAGUCCACUUUGGACAGCUGCAGAGACUCCGUCCCACCCGACUGCCUCCCAAGAUACAGCGCUCGAGGCCCGUGCGCCCACCUCGUCCACAUGUCGUUAAGAGACCAAAGAGCAACAUCACAGUGGAAGGCCGGAGGACGUCUGUGCCCAGCCCUGAGCACCUGGUAAAGCCCUUGCGACACUAUGCGGUCUUCCUCUCCGAAGACUCCUCUGACGAUGAAUGCCGGCGGGAAGAGGGCCCGAGCUCUGGCUUCACCGAGAGCUUUUUCUUCUCUGCUCCCUUUGAAUGGCCGCAGCCGUAUAGGACACUCAAGGAGUCGGACAGUGCGGAAGGCGACGAGGCAGAGAGUCCAGAGCAGCGUUUGCGGAAGCCCGUGGGCCCUGUCCCAGCUCCCCCUGACCGAGCUGCCAGCAUUGACCUUCUGGAAGACGUCUUCAGCAACCUGGACAUGGAGGCCCCACUGCAGCCACUGGGCCAGGCCAAGAGCCUGGAGGACCUUCGUGCCCCCAAAGACCUGAGGGAGCAGCCAGGGACCUUUGACUAUCAGAGGCUGGACCUGGGCGGGAGCGAGAGGAGCCGCGGGAUGGCGGUGGCCUUGAAGCUUGCCCACCCAUACAACAAGCUCUGGAGCCUGGGCCAGGACGACAUGGCCAUCCCCAGCAAGCCCCCAGCUGCCUCGCCUGAGAAGCCCUUGGCCCUACUCGGGAACUCCCUGGCCCUGCCUCGAAGGCCCCAGAACCAGGACAGCAUCCUGAACCCCAGUGACAAGGAGGAGGUGCCCACCCCUACUCUGGGGAGCAUCACUAUCCCCCGGCCCCAAGGCAGGAAGACCCCAGAGCUGGGCAUUGUGCCUCCACCACCUGUUGCCCGCCCGGCCAAGCUCCAGGCUGCCAGCACCGAACUUGGUGACUUCUCAGAACAGCCGCAGACGGAUCAGGGCAGGCGAGCUGCCCUGAGCCCUGCCCUGUUCCCAGGGCUCCUCCCUCGUGUUGUCCCCCAAGGCCCCACUGAACUGCUCCAGCCGCUCAGCCCCGGCCCCGGAGCUUCGGGCACUAGCAGUGACGCACUGCUCGCCCUCCUGGACCCGCUGAGCACAGCCUGGUCAGGCAGCACCCUCCCGCCACGCCAUACUGCCCCGAAUGUAGCCACCCCAUUCACCCCCCAAUUCACCUUCCCCUCUGUGGGGACACCCACUCCAUUCCCACAGCCACCACUCAACCCCUUUGUCCCAUCCAUGCCAGCGGCCCCACCCACCCUGCCCCUGGUCUCCACACCAGCCGGGCCUUUCGGGGCCCCUCCGGCUUCCCUGGGGUCGGCUUUUGCAUCUGGCCUCCUGCUGUCCAGCACUGGCUUCUGUGCCCCUCACAGGUCUCAGCCCAACCUCUCCGCCCUCUCCAUGCCCAACCUCUUUGGCCAGAUGCCCAUGGGCACACACACCAGCCCCCUACAGCCGCUGGGCCCUCCAGGAGUCCCCCCCUCAAGGAUUCGAACGUUGCCCCUGGCCCGCUCAAGUGCCAGGGCUGCUGAGGCCAAGCAGGGGCUGGCCCUGAGGCCUGGAGACCCCCCGCUUCUGCCUCCCAGGCCUCCCCAAGGUCUGGAGCCAGCACUGCGGCCCUCUGCUCCUCAGCAGGCCAGAGACCCCUUUGAGGAUCUGUUACUGAAAACCAAGCAAGAUGUGAGCCCGAGUCCAGCCCCGGCCCCAGCCCCAGGCUCGGUGGAGCAGCUCAGGAAGCAGUGGGAGACCUUCGAGUGAGCCAGGCCCUGAGGUGGGGAUGUGCCGAGGCCCGAGCGUCCGUCCACAGCUGCACUUCUGAGGCUUCCCCACCACUCUCUGCCCAGGUUCUGCUGAUGGGAAGGGAUGGGACCCCUCUCUGCUGCCCCCUCCUCCCCUCCACACUGCCCAUCUCUGAGGUCUGGCUCUGGGGAAUGGCACCAGCUCCAGCCUGGGUAUCAACCCACUUCCUGGAUGCCCAUCCACCCCACGGUUGCCCCUCCUCGGCACCCUUGAUUGGGUUUUGCACUAAAGAGGUCAGCUGGGCCAGUCAUUGCCCCAGACUGAGUCCUACCCACCUUCCCUCUGGAAGUGUCCCUAGAGGCUCCAAAGGCCAGCUCUCCUGUCCCCACCACAGCCAGGCCCUGCACGCCCACCUCCUUGGACACAGGUGGCAGUGUUACGCUCCAGUGUGAGCUCAUCUGCACAAGAUACAGGCGACUGCGGGGUUGGAGGUAGGACUCCCCCUGCUCUGGAGGGUUAACCUGGUGGGGCACUUCCAGACUGUUCUAGCAAUACACACACUUGUGCUUUCCUGUGUCUUCACCCCAAAACUUGUUGAUUCUGACCUGGUAGGAUCUGGGGACCAGGAAGUCUUGGGCUGCCUUGUGAUGGCCAAACCCAGCCCCAGCCACCCUGCAUGGUGGCUGCGAGCACCAGCAAUUUGGAUUUGUAGAA